UGCAAUCGCUUGUUUGUUUUCUGUUGUUGGUGGUGGGUUGUGGUGUAGCUGUAGGUCUGACAAAGGAAUACAUUUUUAAAAGCUCUUCAUUCAUUUGGCGUGAUGCUCAGUCUUAUUGCAGACAAUACUACAAAGAUCUGGCCACCAUCACCACUAUGCAGGAAAACAAUCAAAUUUUACAAUCUGGAUCUGGAUCUGCUGACAGUUGGAUUGGGCUGAACAGAUCAUUUGGCAUCUGGGGUUGGUCUGAUGGAGAACACAUUUCCAUCCUGAACUGGAAAAGUGGCUUUCCUAUAUAUGGAGAUGCAACAUAUGGAUACAAUUGUUGUUCCAUUUCUUUUCAAUAUCAAGGGUUCUGGGUGAAUCACUACUGUAGAGAUCAGAGAAAUUUCUACUGUUAUCAGUACCUGAUCUUGGUGCAGGAGAAGAAGACCUUUGAUGAAGCUCAGGAGUACUGUAGGACCAAUUACACUGGUCUGGCCUCUGUGACCUCUUGGAUGAGCCUGCAGCAGCUGAAUCUAGAGACGUCAAAGACGCAGACAGAGAAUGUGUGGAUUGGCCUUCGCUUCCUGAAUGGAAAGUGGUUGUGGAUGAGCCAAGAGGCGCAGGGGAGCCUGGUCUCAAUGCCUUCAUGUCCACCCCUCUCUUCCCGCUGUGGAUCUCUUCACACCACAACAAACACCUUGGAGAACCGCAACUGCAAUGACAGGCUCAACUUUGUCUGUUACUGGACGUGAAUUUAUGAAAGUACAACUCUCCUUCAAGAGGAAUAUAGAUGUAUCACAUAAAAAAAAAAUCAGUUCCUUAUUAGUUUUAGC